AUGGGCCUGAAUACGGAUGAGGCAGUUUCCAAACUGACCGGUGUUACUGGUGAAGACAAGGACCCUGAAUUGGCAUCUCCGCUGAGGAAGAAGGGACGGUCCCACAGGGUUUUGGUGGUCGCUCCAUCUACAGAAAUGGAUGUGGACAGGAGCUCUUUGAGUGAACCCAGUGCUAAACGUACACAUUCAGCGUCUGCUUCACAAUCAACCACACAAACCGCACAAAAAACGGACACCACUUCCACGACGCAAAGCUCUAAGGCCAAACGAAGACUACAACGCAGCUUGACAUUGGAAGAACGCCUAGAUGGGCUGCGACAAGUCAACUUGGACGGCAUGGAUGGUCAGGCUAUUCUGGUUGAACUGGGAAUGGCAUACAGCUAUCAAGGUCAACAAGGGGGGAACACGACUCAUGCCUCUAUUAUCUUGAACCAUAUUCUGGAUACGCUGGCAGACGUCCUAAAGAACGCGGAGGAGACGAUUCGCUUUCUUCCCUUGUCUGACAGCGCUUACAAGAAGUCUAAGCAGUGGAUCCGAACGGAAGCGGAUCUUUGA